AUGAAGUUUGGCAAGGAAUUUGCCUCUCAAAUGGUGCCUGAAUGGCAGGCAGCUUACAUGAAUUACAAUUCUUUGAAGAUCCUGUUGAAGCAAAUCCAGCAUUUGAGGCAAAAGAACAAGCAACCAGAUACCCCGGCUCGUCUUCAGCGAGACUUAAAGCUUUAUAGAACCUUUAGUGGUUUAAUGCAGAGACAAAACCAACGUGCGAACUCCUUGAAUGAUCAAGACAUUGAAAACGAAGCCAUUCUUGUGAAUCAUGUGAAAGGAAAUGGAUCUGCAAAGUAUGAGACAGCCUUUCUGAUGACUGCAGAGGAAGGUGGGGAAUGCGAGCAGCUGUUCUUUAGAAGGCUUGAUAAUGAGUUGAAUAAAGUUGACAAGUUUUUCAAGUCUAAAGUGAAAGAAGUGGUUGAAGAAGCUCAAACAUUGAGCAAGCAAAUGGAUGCUUUCAUUGCUUUCCGAAUAAAAGUUCUGAAAGUACCACCGAGAUUUGAUCAUGUUCAUCCACCUUCAACAGAGACAGGAUCAAGCCCUAAAAUCUUUACCCUACGUGCAGGAAUGGUUGCUAUGAAUGAAUAUAAAGGCAAACCGCAAUCGGAUGACUCAAUUGAAGAUAAUGACAAGCAUACCAAUUAUAUCAGCCAAGACAUUCAAGAAGAAAAUCCCAAGAAUCUUACCAGUAUUAGAUCUGCUUCAAUGAACAUACUGAACCAUGUGAAGUUGAAUGAAGCUAUUCAGACUCAUUUUUCAAGUAGUAAACAGACACAGCUAAACUUCAGUAAGGAAAACCUGAAGAAAAUUGAAAAGCAACUGAAGCAGGCGUUUAUUGAAUUUUAUCAGAAACUUACGCUUCUCAAGAACUACAGGUUCAUGAAUAUAUUAUCAUUCUCUAAAAUCAUGAAGAAAUAUGAUAAGAUCACUUCAAGAAGGGCAUCAAGAAAUUAUAUGAGAAUAGUGGAUAAUUCCUAUCUUGGCGGCUUUGAUGAAGUAACCAAGCUAAUGGAGAGGGUUGAAGCUACAUUCAUCAAACAUUUUUCGAAUUCAAACCACAGCAAAGGAAUGAACAAGCUAAGACCAAAACCGAAGAAAGAAAGGCAUAUAAUAUCGUUUUGUACUGGUCUCUUUGUUGGCUGCACAGCAGCUCUGAUACUAGCUCUUAUAUUGAUCAUACAUGCACGCAAUCUCCUCGAUAAGGGAGGAAAGGCUCAGUACAUGGAAACCAUGUUUCCGCUUUAUAGCUUGUUCGCAUUUAUUGUUCUACAUAUGCUUAUGUAUGGAGCCAACGUCUACUUUUGGAGGCGCUAUAGAAUCAACUACACCUUCAUAUUUGGCUUCAAGCAAGGGACCGAGCUGGGUUACCGAGAAGUUCUGCUCUUGAGUUUUGGUUUUGCAGCGCUAGCACUGGCCAGUGUGAUCUCAAAUCUUGACAUGGAGAUGGACCCUAAAACAGGAGAUUACAAAGCACUCACAGAACUAAUUCCCCUAAUCUUGGUCACGCUUGUAAUUGUUAUAUUAAUCUGCCCAUUCAACAUCCUAUAUCGCUCAAGUCGCUUAUUUUUCCUCACAAGUCUGUUUCACUGUAUUUGUGCUCCUCUCUUCAAGGUCAAAUUCCAGGACUUCUUCUUGGCAGAUCAGUUAACUAGCCAGGUGCAAGCCAUAAGGAGCCUGCAAUUCUACAUUUGCUAUUAUGGUUGGGGAGACUAUAAAAUUAGACAGAACACCUGCAAAAUGAGCAUUGUUUUCAACACUUUCUACUUCGUAGUUGCAGUAGUUCCAUACUUGUCCCGUUUACUUCAGUGUCUCAGACGCCUACAUGAAGAAAAAGAUCCAAUGCAAGGAUACAAUGGAUUGAAGUACCUUUUAACAAUUGUUGCUGUUUGCACGAGGACUGCUUAUGGCCUGGAUAAGGGAAUCGGCUGGAAAAUGCUAGCAUGGAUUUGUUCGGCAAUGGCAGCUAUCUAUGGUUACUAUUGGGACCUUGUUGUCGACUGGGGACUUCUGCAACGCCACUCUAGAAACCGGUGGUUGAGAGAUAAACUGCUUAUACCUUACAAAGGUGUAUAUUUCGGGGCAAUGGUCUUGAAUUUCAUGCUGAGAUUUGCCUGGUUGCAAACUGUGCUGAAUUUUAAGGUGUCUUUGCACAGAAAAACUUUAAUUGCUAUUGUUGCCAGUCUAGAGAUCAUUCGUCGUGGCAUCUGGAAUUUCUUCAGGUUGGAGAAUGAACAUCUGAACAAUGUUGGCAAGUUCCGCGCUUUUAAGUCAGUACCAUUACCUUUCAACUAUGACGAGGAUGAAGAACGGGAUGAUUAG